CUGUGGCAAGUCCACGCAGGUGCCGCAGUACCUGCUGGCCGCCGGCUACAGCCACGUGGCAUGCACACAGCCCCGGCGCCUGGCCUGCGUGGCCCUGGCCCAGAGGGUGGCCUACGAGAGCCUCCAGCAGUACGGCGAGCAGGUGAGGGAGCAUGGGCAGAGUGCCCUUUCCUCUACUGCAUCACGUCCAGUGGGUUCCAGGUGGGCUCCUGGAAGAGGGCUGGAGCUGAGGAGCAUGAGGACCCCAGGAGCAUGUGCAGAGUGCACUAUACCAAAACACUUUUUCUGUGCAACCAGGACAGGGGCCGUGAACAAUGUUACAGUGAAUUGUUGUCGCUUGUCUUCGCUUCCCCCAACCCACUGCCCUGCUCACAGCAGGGAAGAAUAUUUCUAUGUUAUGAACGGUCUGCCACCAUUAAGAAAAAGAGGUCGGAAGAGGCCAAUAUACAAAGUGUGAGCAGAAAGUUCGGUGAAUCGUCACAGAAAUCGGACAGUAAGAAAUAUACGAAAUAUAGGAAUAUUCGAACAUACAUGCCUUCAAAGUAGGCCCUCUCUGAUACAAUGCACCAUUGACAAUGUAUGUGGAACUGUUGGAAACUUCUGGAGAAGUCCUCUUUUCGUACUGCUUUCAGUUCCCUCAUCACAGCUGCUUGGAGGUGUGAAGUGCUGGAAAAUCUGUGCCCUUUCAGUGCAGAUUUCAGUUUUGGAAAAAGAAAGAAAUCCGGUGGGGUCAGAUCGGGAGAAUAGGGAGGGUGGGACAACUCAGUAACCUCAGGAACGAUUUCACGCAGAAUAUGCAAUUCUUCCACCAUCAUUCGGAUGGACAAAUGCCGAUCCCACAUCAGUAACUCACGGACUCGGUCGACCUUUGCUGCCGUUCUGCUUGCCGCCGGUCUGCCAGACCGAGGGUCGUCUUCGAUGGUUUGCCACCCUUCACGGAAACGCUUAAACCACUCAUACACUGUCUUUUGAGUUAUAGCUUCAUCUCCGUACGCAAUGGUUGGCUACCAGAUCCGUUUUGAGAGCACUCGCUCGCCGGCCACGCGGAUCGUCUUCUUGACGGAGGGGCUUCUCCUGCGCCAGGCCCAGCGGGACCCCUCCCUCCCUGGCUACCGGGUGCUGAUUGCGGACGAGGUCCAUGAGCGCCACCUGCACAGCGACUUCCUCCUGGGCGUCCUGCGCAGGAUCCUGCCCACCCGCCCCGACCUCAAGCUGGUGCUCAUGUCGGCCACCAUCAACAUCCGUCUCUUUGCGGACUACUUUGGGGGGGCUCCCGUGGUGCAGGUCCCCGGUCGGCUCUUCCCCAUCACGGUCCUGUACGAGCCCCUCCGCCCCGAGGAGGGUGCUAGCGGGCGCAAGGAGAGACUGGACCCCCGCCCCUUCCUGCGGGUGCUGCAAGCCAUCGACCACAAGUACCCUCCCGAGGAGAGGGGAGACCUGCUUGUCUUCCUCAGUGGCGUGGCUGAGAUUGGGGCUGUCGUGGAGGCGGCACAGACCUACGCCACUCACACCCAGCGCUGGGUGGUUCUCCCUCUCCACAGCACCCUGUCCGUGGCCGAGCAGGACAAGGUAUUUGACUUGCCUCCCCCAGGAGUCCGGAAGUGCAUCGUUUCCACCAACAUCGCCGAGACCUCGGUGACCAUCGACGGCGUCCGAUUCGUCGUGGACUCGGGGAAGGUGAAGGAGCUGAGCUAUGACCCCAAGGCUAAGCUGCAGCGCCUGCAGGAGUUCUGGAUCAGCCGCGCCAGCGCCGAGCAACGCAAGGGCCGGGCGGGCAGGACAGGGCCGGGCGUCUGCUUCCGCCUCUACGCCGAGUCUGACUACGAUGCCUUUGCCCCCUACCCGGUGCCAGAGAUCCAGCGGGUGGCGCUCGACGCCCUUGUUCUGCAGAUGAAGAGCAUGGGGCUGGGCGACCCCCGCGCCUUCCCCUUCCUGGAGCCCCCCCCGCCAGCCAGCCUGGAGACGGCCGUCAGCUACCUGAAGCAGCAGGGGGCCCUGGACCCAGAGGAGAACCUCACGCCCAUCGGGAGCCUGCUGGCUGAGCUGCCCGUGGAUGUGGUGAUUGGGAAGAUGCUGGUUCUGGGGACCCUCUUUGGCCUGGCGGCCCCCACCCUAUCGGUCGCAGCUGCGCUCAGUGUUCCCUCCCCCUUCCUGCGCAGCAGCAGCGGGCGCAGCGACCCGGACUGUGCAACCGCCCGUCGGCCUCUGGAGAGCCCCCUGGGAGACCCCCUGACGCUGCUCAAUGUCUUUGAUGCCUGGGUGCAGGAGAAAUCAGACAAUCGGAGUGGAUCCCGCCGUUGGUGCCGCCGGCGGGGCCUGGAGGAGCACCGGCUCUACGAAGCGGCCAACUUGCGGCGCCAGUUCCAGGAGCUACUGCGGGACCACCGGCUGCUGGAGCCCCCCGCCCGGCCCAGCGACACCCAUGCCCGCCAGAGCCGCCACCGCAAGCGCCGGGAGUUGCAGAGGAUCAAGCGGGAGCACGAUCGGGGGGAGGGGCGGCGGAGGAAGGUGCUGCGUCUGGAGGAAGAGGGGGGCAGCUCUUCCUCGGGUGGGGAAGGGGAGCCCGAACGCGGCCUCGACAUCCAGGAUGUCAAGUUCCAGCUGCGCCAUGACGUUGCCGAGCUGCGGGCAGCCUCUUCUGUGGCGCAGGCUUUGUCGCCCGGCCGGCUAGCCCUCCUGCAGCUGGUCUUGGGGCGCGGCCUCUACCCACAGCUGGCCGUGCCAGACCCCUUCAACCAGACCCGCAAGGACUCUGACCAGAUCUUCCACACCAAGGAGAAGGUGGGGGUCGUCCUCCACCCCACCAGCAUCUUCUCUGCCUCCCCAGAGCUGCUGCAACCAGCACAGGAAAGGGGUCCAGAACGUGGGGGGCAGAGAGAUGCCAAGGAGGGCCUGAGCAGCCGCCACCAGAUCCUGGCCUUUGUCUCGCUGCUUGAGACAAACAAGCCCUACCUGGUGAACUGCCUCCGUCUGCCAGCUCUUCAGUCGCUGCUGCUCUUGGCUCGCUCCGUGGACACGAACGGCGACUGCACCCGCCUCGUGGCCGACUCGUGGCUGGAGCUGCGAGUUCCUUCCCCGGAAGCGGCCCUCCGCCUGCUGCGUGCGGCCCUCCGCCUCCGGGCUUCCUGGGAGAAGGUCCUGGACCGGCAGCUGGAGAGCCGAGGGGCCCGGGGGGAGGAGGCCGAGGAGGGGCGGCCCAGCGCCCGGCAGGUGCGCCAACUCACCCAGGAGCUGCUGGACUUUCUGAAGGCCGAGGUGCCCUACAGCCUGCGGCGCCUGAUGCCCCUGGAACAGCAGAACCUCUAUGUGGGUCCUCAGGUGGCUUCUGCCGGAGGGGAGGUACCUCCCGGCCUCUUCCAGGGGCUGGAGGUGGCCCCUGACGAGGAAAAGGGCGGCUGCAGAGUGGGCAGCUUCUUGACGUUCAACUGCCUGGCGGGCACAGAGGGAGACCUGUACAGCGACUGCCUCCGCAGCUUCUGGACCUGCCCUCGCUGCGGCCUCUACAUGCCCUUCACCCCGAUGGAGCGCCUGGCUCACGAGGAGGCCUGCCAGCCCCCAGGCCAAGAGGGGGAGCAACCCAGCCAGGAAGAAGAAGAAACGGUGACCCCAUCGGGCGCCUCCGCCCUGCAGCGCCCGUACCACUGCCCCGCCUGCCAGCAGAGCCUCCUCCUCACGCCCACUGAAAUCCUGCGCCACCGGAAGCAGCACCAGGCGCCCCCCUGAGAUCAGCGGCGCUGGCGGGGGCUUCUCGAGGUCGGGGGAGCUUUCCCUCAGCCUCAUGGACUGACCCCCUGCCCCUCUCCUUCCUACUUGAGCUGCGAUGAGCCUGGACUUUUUUUAUGGGGGGUAGGGGGUAUCCUGGAAGAGUGUAAAUAAAAACGUGCGGUUUUGAUUAAAGAACUGGGCUCUGCCUUGUGGCUUCUAGUGGGGCGCCACCCUAGAGCAAAGGCUACCUGGAUUUCCCCAAGUCCAGGAGUCCUGGGUUCAGUAGCAAUAACGGCACCAGUGGAGAUACACUUGGGUCUUUCCUAAGAGUAGCCUGCUGGAUCGGGGCCUGUGGCCCAUUGUUAACACCUUGGGUGAAGCAUCAUGCACACAUCACAGGUACAUCAUACAGAUGUCACAAACAAGGAGGGGUUUUCUGGCAGGUUUGCCCCCAACUCUCCCUUGCCCACCACCUUACCCCCAUCAAGUGAUACAGAAGGAAUAUCUACAAGUUUCUGUUUUUCCUGGUCAAGGUAAUCACACUCCUUUGUCCUGACUGAGAACGUAAUUCAUUGUCUGUGGGAUG